UGUACUGUGGAAUAUUUUGUUUGUUCCUUCAAUUUUGUAUUCGAUAUAGGUGUAGGUAUUGGAUUCAUAUUAUCUAAUCACAACGAGUAUAGCUUCGAUUACUGUAAAUCAUACUAACGUACCACCUUAUACUGAUUAUUUCACUAUAGGUCUCGACUAUCGAGACUCGUGUGAUUCAAUAAAUCGUACAAUAAAUGUGUGAUUGAAUUUAUUUUCUUCAACAUAGUGCGUUGAACGUAAAACCAUUUUAUGAUAUUAUACGAAGUGUCAUUAACAGAUUCUGUGGGUUUGAAUGAUUUUAUUUUGUGACAAAAAUAUAAAAGGUUUUUAAGCUUAUGUAUUAAUUAUAUAUAAUCAAUAAUGGCACCGAAUUAUAGCAAACUUAUUGAAAGGACAGAUGUGAGAAUUGCUCUAGCUGCUUCUACAGCUCUAACGGCCUGGUAUAUCAGGAACUACUACAAGUCAAGUAAACAUAGCAGAAGCAAAGAUGGCAGACUGGUCAGACUGUCUCCAGAAGAACAAAUACAAUAUAUGAUUAAAGAAAAAACAAAAAAGGAACCAAAAGGGAAAGUAGAUGCAAGGUUUUGGGCAGAUCUGAAGGUAUUAUGGAAAAUUAUGUUCCCUGGUUUAUGGUCAAGGGAGAGUGGUUUGAUGGUGCUCAUAGCAGUAUCUCUUAUUUCAAGAUCCAUUUGUGAUCUAUGGCUUAUACAGCAUUCAACCUUAAUUGAAGGAUCCAUUAUUUCAAUGAAUUUACCGGACUUCAAGAGAUUACUAGUACAAUUUUUCAUAGCCAUGCCAAUGAUAUCUUUAGUAAAUAAUGUACUAAAGUGGAGUAUAGGAGAAGCAAAAUUGAGAAUUAGGACCAAUUUGACAUUGCACAUGUAUCAAGAAUACUUGAAAGGUUUCACGUAUUAUCAAGUAUCAAAUUUGGAUAAUCGGAUAGCAAACGCCGAUCAAGUAUUGACUACAGACAUAGAGAAAUUCUGCGACACCGUUAUAGACCUGUACAGCAAUAUCAGCAAACCUCUACUGGACAUCGGCAUAUAUCUGUACAGGCUGACGACAAAUCUGGGAGCCACUACCCCUGGAAUAAUGGUUGCGUACUUGGUGGUCUCUGGAAUCUUUUUGACUAUCUUAAGAAAACCGACAGCGAAGAUGACAGUCCAGGAGCAAAAGCUGGAAGGUGAAUUCAGAUACGUAAACUCGAGACUAAUCACUAAUUCCGAGGAAAUCGCCUUCUAUCAGGGUAACCACAGAGAACAGCUGACUCUCCUAGCGAGCUUCUUCAAGUUGACGCGACAUCUGCGCAACUUCCUCAACUUUAGAGUAAUGAUGGGCUUCAUAGACAAUAUCGUCGCAAAAUACGUGGCGAUUACUGUCGGCUUCUACGCUGUGUCGAGGCCAUUCUUCGCAGUGGAUCACAACCUCCUAACAAAGGGAACCGAAAAUGACAGAUUCAAGCACUACUACACAUAUGGGCGCAUGAUGGUCAAAAUGGCUGAAGGCAUCGGCAGGCUAGUAUUGUCUGGCCGAGAGAUGAACAAGCUGGCUGGCUUGACCGCACGAGUCACCCAAUUGAGGUCGGUGCUGGAAGACGUCCAGCGCGGAAAGUAUACCAGGACCAUGGUCGAGAAGAACGUACAAAACGGCAAUGGUCCACCGGCGUUACUGGCCCCGGGCGCGGGCCGCAUCAUCUACCAGGACAAGAUCAUCAAGUUCGACAAGGUGCCGCUGGUCACGCCCAACGGCGACGUCCUCAUCAAGGAGCUCAGCUUCGAGGUCAAGUCGGGCAUCAACGUGCUGGUUUGCGGGCCAAAUGGCUGCGGGAAAUCAUCUCUGUUCCGGCAUCUGGGCGAGCUGUGGCCUAUAUUCGGCGGUACCCUCACCAAGCCGCCCAAGGGGAAACUGUUCUAUGUACCGCAACGACCUUACAUGACCCUCGGCACUCUGCGUGAUCAGGUGAUCUACCCACAAACCCGUGAAGAGAUGGUGCGCCGCGGUCGCACCGAUGAGCAAUUGAACCGUUUCCUGGAGAUCGUUCAGUUGUCGUACCUGACUACGCGCGAGGGAGGCUGGGACGCGGUCGAGGACUGGAUGGACGUCCUCUCUGGUGGAGAGAAACAGAGGAUAGCUAUGGCGCGGCUGUUCUACCAUGAACCACAGUUCGCUAUCUUGGACGAAUGCACCAGCGCUGUGUCAGUAGACGUCGAAGGACAAAUGUACCAAUACUGCAGAGAGAUGGGUAUUUCCCUAUUCACGGUGUCCCACCGCAAGUCACUAUGGAAGCACCACGACCACUACCUGCAGAUGGACGGCCGCGGCGGUUACGUCUUCGAGGCGAUCGACAGCGAUACACAACAGUUCGGGUCGUGAUUUGUUCGUAGCCGAUGUUAGAUACGUACUAGUAAAGCUUCAUUCACACAUCUACGAAUCGUGAAUUAAUAUGAAUCGUGACUAACGGAACGUUUUGUUCCAACGAUCCCUGAACUUCUAUGACCUUGACACGACUUGAUCACGUGACACUACGAAUUAUGAAAACAAAUACGGUACGUUAAAAAAAUACGAAAAAGUAACGACUUGGACGAGUCCAGGUCGAAAUUCAUGUUUUAUUUCUAAAUUUAAACAUCCUAUUAUUAUAUCAUAAAAUAUUGUUCUACUAAGGUCAAUGUUAUUGAAGUCGUUUACUCGAGGUCAAUUUUAUAUAAUCGUUAUUUAGUGAGCAUUUUUUCGAAUGAAUCGUCACUGGACGAUUUUACGAAAUUAUUAAAUCACGAUUCGAUUUCUUUAUAUAUUAACAUCUAUUUGUUUUAUAACAUUGACAGACUAAAGUCAAUGUUAUACAAUCAUUAACACAAGGUCAAUAUUAUAUAAUCGUUAUUUAGUGGUAGGUAAAUUUUUAGUAUGAAUUGUCAAUGAUCGAUUUAUCGAAUCGUAUCAAAUCACGAUUCGAUUUUUAUAUGUGAACUACUUUGUUGUUUUUAAUAAUCGUCAACGGCGUAUGUGUGAACGCGUCCUAAAUUAACGGCAAUGACAAAAAUUAAGUCGAUAAUGACUCAUGACAUACUGUUUUAUUAAGUGUAAUGCCAUUAUAGAGUAUAUUUUAAUCGAUAUCAACAGAGUAAUAAUAUAGUUUGAUAUACAAAAUUGUCUUUGAAAAUAUUUAAAAAGUGUUAAACGAGAGUAUAUUUAUGGUCAGGCCAUUUAAUAAAAUUUCAUUAAUAGAGUUGCUAGAUUUCUGUUACUUCUUCUAAACACACCUGUGUCUACUAUGCUUCACGAAGUCCCUUGUUGAUGUGUAAAAUUGAUUCCUUCGUUCAUUGAACAUUGAGUUCAAUUUCGUUUUCCAACCCUUCGUGAAACGUAGUUACAGAAAUAGGCAAAAUAGGUAAUAAAUUCUUUCGUGUUGAGAUUUAUCUCGCAUUAUAGAUUCCUCAUAAGUCUUUAUAAAUACUAGGUACUUAGGUUCACAUUAAGAAAAUGUUAGGCUUUCUAUAGCCGGUAUGCCAAUGUGACAUGUGAUAUCCACAUAGGGUAACAGUACAGCUUAUAAAGGUAAAGGAACGUCAAAUGCUUUUUUUCCUUAUUUUUAUUUUUCUCUUUUAAAUACGUUUUCAUUACUAUUUCUUAUUUCUAGUAACAAUAACUAAUCGACCUACACAUCUCGUAGUAGCUUUUUUUAAAUUAAACACUCGCUUAUUUUAUAAUUUUAAUUCUUAAUUUUAUUUCUUGUAUUUAUUUGUGUUUUAAUUAUUUAUAGUAAUUUUUUUGUUGCUUACAAUACUAUACCUACUUAUCUAUGUGAAAUACACAAGUUAACAAAACAUUUAUAUUUAAAAUAGAUUUAUUACGGGUUUUAUGAAUAUGUAUAUUUCUCGCUUAUAAAGUCGAAUGUAUAAUAAUGUUUUGAACAUCGCCAAAUGACUACAUUAUCGUCACUCGUCAGCGAUAAAUAUAUGACACAAUUGUAAAAAAAAAAUUGACAAGAAUAUUUUGAAACACGUGUAUACUGUGUUUUCCGUAUACUUUAAAUGUACCGUCACCAUCUGUAAUUACAACUUAUUCGAUAUUUGAAUUUAUAAUUUUUAAACUACACUUCGUGUUAUAUUAUUAGUUUCUUUAAUAAAAUAAAACUAAAUUCUAUCUACAAAUCUUACUUGUUCUAUUUGUAAUUCGAUGCAAAAAUGUAAAUCAUGUAUAUUGUAAAGUUAAAAUUAUAUUUGAAACUUAGUUUACUCGCGUAACCAGUGUAAAUACAUUGGGCGGCUUAAAAAGUAGCCUGUGUCUUUUUCCAUGCCAUAUACUACCUGUAUACCAAAUGUCAUGGCAUUUUCUUCAGUUAUUUUCAUAACCAGUAAUAUCAACGAUGAACUCACACUUAUACUUACUAAGACUCAGAUGACUAAAAAGUAACAAUCCUCGUUCACAAAGUAUAUAACAAAUAAUAUUAUAACUGUUUUAUCUACUCUAUUCUAUCUCGGUGGCAUUUAAAAAUGCGUACUUCAAGUGCGUAAAACAUAAAUUAGUAAGAUAUUGUAACUAUAGCAUAAUUUAUUUUGAUUGUUUAAUAAUAUAAUAUUUUUUAACACGCAUAUAAUGUGUUUAUAUAAUUUUUAAAUAUAAUAUAUAUUUAUGUAAAUGAUUUGAACAGUGAUGUCAGUGAAAUAAAAUAAUACUGUUAUUGUUAAAUGUAAGGAUGUAGUUGAAAAACCAAUAUUUGUGAAAUCACGAGUUGCAUCUUUUCUCUGAAUGGUCUAGGGUCAAUUUUGUCAUUGUUUAUUAUAAAUUAAAGAAAUCCUCAAAUGUCACAAGUGUCUAUUUAGUUUCAUGAUAACCCUGUUAAAUAGACUUAGGAUAAUACAAACACUCUCUGAUUACAAAACGAUAUGACGUACAAAAACAAAAACAGAUCAUGUGUUAGUGUGGUUUUCAUGCUACCUCUAAAUGUACAUAAUAAUCUAAGACAAUUCCGAAAUCUUUGAUAAUAAUAAAACGAAUUGUCACAUUACAUUUAUGUCAUUAUAUGCACGUUUAUAUUCGUGUCAUAAAUAUUUAUUGUCGGAAAGUCUCUCUGCCAUUAUGGAUUUUGUGUAUAUUAUAAUAAAAACAUCACAUUAACUUAUUUUAUCAGUUAAACGCAGUAGUACUAUAAUAAAACACUGUUAUUUGUUUUUUAAUUUUUACAAACAUUAAUAAAUUACUCAUGCCAAUUUUAAGUAACGCAAAAUGUACCUGUUAUGAGAGAAACGUUACUAAAAAAACUGCUAAUGUGAAAAAAUAAAAUACUGUGAAAUAUUCUAUAUUCGAAUUUUUAACUCUAGAAAACUGUGAUUUAUUGUGUAUCAUAGUUAAUUAUACAAUUUUUUAAUGCCUAAUUAAUUACGGCAACUGCGUAUUUACCAAACUGCUUUAAAAAUUUAUAUCUUGAAAAACUUAAGAGUUGUAGUGAUUAUUUUUAUAUUUCUUUAAAUUAUUAUAAUUUGUCAUUCAAUUUAAAUAUUGUUUUGUACAAAGACGACUCGCCUUUUAUUUUUUUACACAAGAUAUUUUUCUACUUAUUUUCUGUAAGUAAAAUGUGACAAUUAUAUUUUAAUAAUUAUUUUGUAAUAGAAAAAAAUUCAAAGCGAGCAGAGCUUGGAACCGCGUCAUUUACCUCAUGCCAGGGCCAAUAAUCUUACCAGUAAAGCUACCAGUUCAUUAGACACCCAUCUCCAAAUUUUAUUUCCCUCGCCAAUAACAAUAUCACAGAAACAAUGUUUUUAAUAACAACUUUUAAUAUAAAAGUUUUCAACAAAAUAUUUGUCUUAAUUUAUUAUAUUAUUAUUUUUUUUGCAAUUUUUUUUUUAUUUUUAUAUUCGUUAAUAAUGAUAAUAUUUUAAUUAUUGUAAUAUGUAUGAAGUUUACAGCAUGAUGAAUAAGAAUUGGCGCCGCUCUUUCCUGUUAGUGAAGAUAAAAAUUUAACUAUAGAACCCUAAUAAAGAAUGUAAUGUAAUUUUUUUACCGCACUCCUAUUGUUUGUUUGUUUUUUUUUUUUUUUAUUUUUCUGUUAUAAUGAAUAUUUGAUGUGACAAUAGCUGUGAUAGUUGUUGGUUUUGUUAAACUCAAUUGUGGGUGCUGGGUUAAUAAAAAGGUUGAGGAUA